CCCAAAAUAUUUGUGUGCCCGUCGAACAGCUGAUUUCUGAAAGUUAAUUUUGCGUGAAUUUGUUAAACUUUUUAAGCCAAGCGCUGUAAAUUAUCAAAUGGGUGGCUGGCAGCUAGAAGUAUUCAAAAUGACAUUGUACAUGUCCUUCCCUGUUGCAAUGUUUCACAUUUUCAAUCAACCAGCUUACUUUGAGGAAUGGGUAACUAAGACCAGGCGCGAGCUAUAUCCGCCGGAGAGCAUGGGUCAUCGCGAAGAAAUACAAAAGGCGAUAAGGGAAGUGCAACAAAAACGAGACAAGGAAAUGUUAAAGGCUUUAGAGGAUAUAGAGAAGCGUGAAAAAUCAUAAAUUACCGUAGGGCAGAACUUGUGUUGUUAUAUAAGGCAUUUUUAUUGCUGUGACACCUAGAUGGUGACCUCACUCAAGCUUCAGCACUAUUUAGUUCAAUUGUUUAGUUAAACGCCUUGGCACUCACGCCACUGGCGGUUAUAAUUUCGAGAAAUGGGAGAACUUCGUUUACUAGUGAACCAGUGUUAACACCGAUAAAUCGUUCCAAUGACAGUCGGGUCUGCGUAAGCCGAACGACCCAGAUUUAUAUCUGGCCAAAGACUCCCGCAAAAACUCUUUGGGGAAUUUCUAUGCUGUUACAACAACAACAGCAACAACCGAUAAAAAUUUCAGCAUCGAAAUCCAAUGCAGAAUCACUCUUGCUAACAAGUGGUACCGAGGCAAUUCAGGAGUAAAGUUCUAUCUCUCUAUCUAUCUAACAACAUCCAAGGAGGCGGCUCUUGGAGUAUUCGAGAGAAAGAUUUUGCGGAAGACUUACUUGGAGAUUUACAACGACACAUACAGCGACUCCGCUGGCUUGGCCAUGUGAUUCGAAUUAUUGUAAUCAUUCAUCGAACGAACUUUUAGAUUACGAUUACAGUAAUUGUAAUUAUAAAAAAGUUGAAAUUGCGAUUACUGUAAUCGUAAUCUCAAAGCUUAA